GCUGACGGCGGACACACGGACGCCGAUGAUGAUGACGGCGGGCCAGGCCCGGGGGUUCCCCGCUCCCCCCGCGCCUCUCGGUGCCUCCGGAGCGCCCCCCCGCGGCGCGCGCGGGGCGGGCGGGGGCCGGGCCGGCCGGGCGGGGGGAGCGCCGGGAGCGCACCAAGAUGGCGACACCCGCAGUCCCUCCCGCAGCUCCCCCCGCGCCGCAGUCCGGCAGCGCCGCGCCGGGGCCGCGCUGAGCCCGCCCGACACGAGCUGACCUGCCCGGGGUGCAACAUCUCUAAAGAAGCUGCUGCAGGAUGAAAAGAUGGCAGCGCGGCUGCUCGCACCACCAGGCCCCGAGAGUUUUAAACCCUUCACUCCGGAGUCGCUGGCCAACAUCGAGAAGCACAUCGCGGAGCUGAAGAAGAAGCAGCGCUCCAAGCAGGACAGCAGCCACCGGGACGACGAUGAAGACAGCAAACCAAAACCAAACAGUGACCUUGAGGCGGGCAAGAAUUUGCCUUUCAUCUACGGGGACAUCCCUAAAGGGCUGGUUGCUGUGCCACUGGAGGACUUUGACCCUUAUUAUAUGACCCAGAAAACCUUUGUAGUACUAAACAGAGGGAAAACACUCUUCCGAUUUAGUGCCACGCCUGCCUUGUACAUUUUAAGUCCUUUUAAUCUGUUUAGAAGAAUAGCUAUUAAAAUUUUGAUACAUUCAUAUCCUUUCCAUGACUGAAUUACCUUUGUGUAUUCGUUGAAAAUCUCGUAGCUGUUGUUGCUUGCUCAGUUCACAAAUAGAAAUGCCAGUCCUGCGCCUGGAGAUGCCUCAGGAUGUGCACAAAAUCCAGAUUUUUACUGGAGGAAAAAGCAGUUCUGUAGCCACAUACAAUGAAGAUAAAUUCUCCUUUAUUCUCCCUGUUCACACACACGGAUGAGUUUGUGCUUCACGUGAAGGGCAGUUA